UUGCAAUUUGCAAUUUGCGCGCAGUUGGUUUUUCACGCUCAGUUUUCGUUGCGCGUCCGCUGUGAGCAGUAGUAGUUUGUUGCUAUUGCAGUGCACUUUUCAUACACAUUUAUUAUCAGGCCCCCCACUCCCGCCCCCUUUACCUAGGGGGUCUAGGCUCCCCCCCCCUGUGUUUUCUAUCGCGUGCUAUGUUUUACCGUUGCAGCUAGUUGGUGAUCUUGUUAAGGGAGAAAGGCAAAGCUAAAGAGAAAGAGAGGGGAGAGAGAGAGAGCGGGGAGAGAGUGGUGAAAGAGAGAGUGCUUUGGAGGCAAUGUGCUGGGCCGCCAUGGCUCGGAAGGACGAUCCCGUUUUCAACGUGCGCUUCGUUCAGUUUGUCGAAAGUGAACCCUGCCUGUGGAAUUACACGCAUCCCGGCUACAGCAAAAAGGAGGAGGUGCAACGUGCCUGGCAGCAGGUGGCCAAUGAGAUCAAGGACACGGUUCGCAAUUGCCGCGAAAGAUGGCGCACUAUCCGCAGCAGCUUCCUGCGAUCCUUGAAGCUGGCACGCACACAAACUGGUCGCGGCAAGCGCAAGUAUUACCUGUCCAAGUACCUGCAGUUCCUCAUACCCUACACCAAGUCCAGGUCAUGUCACAAGCAAUUGACACCUGUCCUGGCCACGGCUGGAAUGGUGCUCCGGAAGCCCGGAAACGGAAGUAAUCCGUUCCCUAUGACAGCAGAUCAGCUGGAGAAUAACGGUGAGGAGGAGCAGGAGGAAGAAGAGGAGGAGACCAAAGAAAGCGAGAACGAAAUGCCCCUGGAUGUGCAGGUUUCCGAGGAGGAAGAGGAGGUGUUGGUCAAUCAUUCGCGGGAGGAGCAUCAGGAGCAUCAUCAUCAGCAGGAGGAUCAGCAUCCUCGUGCCCCGCCCACCGCCUGUCUGCCACUGCGCCUGCAAGCCAUCAAAGUGGAGCAUCCACCGCAUCCCCCCACCAAUCCCAGUGGAAAUCCUCAGCUGGACAUGAUCCCAAUGAGCCAUCAGUCGCUGGUCACUGUGCCCGCUGCCGCUCUGGGCAGCCACAUGGAUUGGCAGGAUCUGACGCAGUGGUUCAAGGGCAGCACUGCCAUCGAUAAUCAUCAUCAUCAUCAGCAUCAGGACCACAAGAUGUCCACACCACCACCGCCACCGCCGGCCACACCAGCACUGGGAGGACUGCCACCGGGUGCCAUUCCCAUGCCCAUUCCCGCGCCCGAUGCCGAUUACUCCUUCCUGAUCAGUCUGCAUCCGUAUCUCAAGGAGAUGAGCGGCAAGCAGAAUCGCCGCUUUCGCCAGAAGGUCGUCGGUCUCAUUGACAAUGUCCUGGAUAACAUUGAUGUCUAGGGAUUUAGAGGGGGAACCAAGAGGAUACAGAGGAAAACGCUUAAAAAUGGAAUUAUACGACCUAUUGAUACCCUUUAAAAUGGAAAAGUUAAUAGGGAUUAUCAUCUGAAUAUUGUGAAAACUAAACUGGAAUGCCAUAGAAAUCUGUUCAGGUUUAAAAUUAACUGCAAAGGCAUCUAAAAGUAGGCAACGAAAAAUUUUAGGGUUGAAAAUCAUUGCAAAAUGUGCAUCUUUUAAAGGCCUAAAAUUAAAAUCUGUUUAAAAAAUUCAAUCAUUUC